CCCAUCAUUGCAUUAUCUCCCACACUGUCAACUGCUUCUACGACUACUCACUAUAUUUAUUCAUAUUUUCCUCAUGAUCUCCAUUACUUCCUCAUAACUUUUUUUGCGAAACAAAAAUAGUUUUAAUCGAUCGAUCAUCUAAAGCAAGCCGAUGGGAUCAGUAGCAGAUGACAAUAAGGAUGAAUGUAAACGAAGUCUUACCAGGGGAAAACUCAAGCCUUCUUCCUCAUCGUCGUUUCGUCUUCGGAGCCCCAGCCUGAAUUCCAUUCGUCUUCGUCGGAUCUUCGAUGUGUUCGACAGAAACCACGACAGUUUGAUCAGCGUGGAAGAACUCAGCCAAGCACUCAACCUGCUCGGAUUAGAUGCCGAUCUAUGCGAGAUUGAGUCUAUGGUGAAAUCAUACAUCAAACCAGAGAAUAGUGGUCUUAGAUUCGAAGAUUUCGAAUCUCUACAUCGCUCUCUCAACGACGUCUUCUUCGGGUCAAAAUAUGAAGAUAAGCUCGGGUUGGAUCAGGAUCCGGAUCCUGCACAGGAUGAAUCGGAUCUGAAGGAAGCGUUUGAUGUUUUCGAUGAGAACGGUGAUGGUUUCAUAUCGGCGAAGGAAUUGCAGGUGGUACUAGAGAAACUUGGAUUGCCGGAAGGCAGUGAAAUUGAUAGAGUGGAGUUGAUGAUUUCGUCAGUUGAUCAGGAUCACGAUGGCCGCGUCGAUUUCUUCGAGUUCAAGGAUAUGAUGCGCACUGUUAUUGUUCCUUCGUGAUUUUAGUUUUUUCUGUAUGCGAAAUUCUGGGCGACUGAAAAGUGUCGUCACUUUCAGGCCGGUUAUGUUUACUUGUUUUUUGUAUUGCUCAACAGUUGUUUCCUGCCAUCUUUGUAUCAGACAUCCUCAUCUAUAACGUGAAAAAAAUAUGCAUAUCCGGAA